CACUAAAUGAACUUUUAUUUUGAAAAACGGAAUCAGUCUCCACUCUUAUUUUGAAGCAAAAUAUAAAUCGCGGCCAUAUUGAAAAAAUAUUCUCUGGCUACACAGGAAGCUGCAUUCCCUGACAGAAUUUGAUACAGAAUCAACCGACAACAACAACAACAAUACAGCAAAACGUAGUCAUUAUGGCGCCCAGUGACGUUGACUAUGCCCUGCAAACGCUGAUGUCGAAAAUAAAAGAGAGAGAGCUGGAGUCACAGCGGGCGCUGAGCGAACACGAUGUGGCAAACAGACUCUUGAAACUGCAGCUUCAGGAACUGCAGAACAAGCUGAAUGAGAAGGAGAACCAGUUGGUGGACGCCAAUGAGACGAUCCGUGCCCUGCGGAGUGUGACGCAGAUCAUCACCGGUCUGCAGGACGAGAUCAAGGCCCUGCGCACACAGCUGCGGACGUCCCACGCUCACAAACAUCGACUAGUCGCCACACCCAACAAGAAGCCAGCAACCCGCUCCUCUUUAAACGCAACUCAGGCACCUGAUAACAUGUCCUGUCACGCCCCUCACCCCACUGAAACUGGGCCCACGUGUUCGGACUACAUUUCCCAGAGUUCCACGCAGGAGCGCACCCUUCUGAAACUCAUCUCUGACUGUGGAAGGACAACCGACGUGGCUGUUGCGGGGGUCAAGCAGGAGGAGCAGGAAGGGGAAAUGGACGAAGGGGAAGCCGGAGGACUCGAGGGGCGGGGCCCUGAGGAGGGGCGGGGCCCUGAGGAGGCGGUGAAGGUGGAGAUGGAGAACAACAGCCAAUGGGACGGAGCCUUUGAAUACAGCCAUGCAGAGUCCGCUGCAGUACAGAGUGCAAUCAAAUCUCGGAAAAGGCUACUGAUGGAGACUCCUCUAUACAGCCACUCAGCAAGUGUGACCCUGAUAGAUCCAGUCAGCGAUAGAAGUGAAGACGAGAGUGAAGAGAUCGUGAUGCUGCCACCGAGUAAAAAAGCUACGCUAAACGAUGAUAUUGUCACAGCUUUCAAAGAGUGGCCCAGUUUUGUGAAGACACUGAAAGACCUGGUCACAGCCAUGAAGAUACCGUCAGCCUCACCCGUGUUACCACUGGACACAUCUUUUAGCGAACCCCCAGCCUCCACUCCUACAAGAGAAAUGGUCCAGCUGCCUGGAGGUCUGUCUAUCCCAAAGAGAAUGUAUGACCGUCUGUCUCGGUCGAAAAUGAGCCUUUUCGCGCAGGAGUUGGCGGUGGUUAUAUUUGGAAGAGACACCUUAGCAAAGUGUAGUCUGACGGGACGAAAAACCAACAAAAGCCCUCUGGACCCCACUAAAGUGAAUGCCAUUAUUGAUGCUGUUAUUGGACACUUUCCGGGAACCUCGCCAUCCGAGAUCAGAGCUGUCCUCCGUCGGAAAUGUAACAACGAAAGCUUUGCCUUGAAAGGCCAAAGUCUAGACAUGGGAGUGAGGCCCGGCCGAUGUAGGAUUUUUUCAACUGAUACUGAUUAUGAUAUUUGAGGAUGGGGGAUGAUGACGCUGAUCGGAAGGGACCAGGCUGUUAUAAAAAAAAAAAAACUUAAAAAAAAAAAAAAUGUUAGCUGGUGUAGGCUACCAAAAAGGUUUCAGUAUUGUUUUUGCAGUAUUUAACAUAAAGUGUUUUUGAUGGAAACCUUUUGUUUAAAAUUGAAAGUUUUGAAAAAAAAAGGGAAGGGGAGGAAUGCACACCCUAGAGUAGUCACACGUUGAUCACUGUGUUUUUAAUUAAGACAGACGUUUGUAGCCUUUGUAAUCUUGAUUGGCUGUUUGCCGAGAAGUCGGCCUUUUAUAAAUAUGUUAAGAGAUCAGAGUGUGCGGCUGCUCUCUCUUUAAUUUGAAAAGUUGACCUUUUUCAACAUGUCUGUUAGGUCUUUUGACGUGUUACAAGACACAUUAUGAGUGAAAUAAACAGUUACAGUAAAUGCUGGGGCGUUCAGAUGUGUCAUUGGCUAAUUGAUGUCCAACUAUUAUGAAAAAAAAACAUAGCCCAAUCUUGGAGAGGAGUUUCCCUACUCAUUUUACCUAAGACAUAUGCACAUCUAGCAUUACUGUCUGGAUGACACUUUUGGAAACAACGUAAUGUGAACAUGAAACAUUUUGAAUACACAAAGGAAAAUUACUGUUUUUAAAACGGUUAGUUCUCGUGUAGAUGAGGCCUCAUUUUACCAGGCACAUUUCAUUUGUUAAGUUGUGUAAGUUGUAAAGUAAAGUAAAGUUGUAAAGUAUUGCUUUG